UUUUGUUUGUCGCCAGCAUCUCCGGGACGUGGGGAUGUCUGCAUUGGAUAGAUUGUGUCUUGCAAAGCCAAAAGACUGGAGCCGUUUGAAGAUUAUGUAACAGUAAAGGUGCAGAUUCCCUUUGGAAAGAGGAAUAAUGGGACCAGGCAUUCAGGAAUAUCCCUUAUUACUGCACAGAGAGACACAGCGGAAGGAAAGCCACAGCCACACCAAUGAAAACCACAAAGGAAUGGUAAAUAAUGGAAAAAGCCAUCCAAGCACCAAAGGACUAAAUAAACCAAUUUCUUAUGCGAAAUCUCCUCCUGGAAGAUUAGGCAAAAAUGUAUCAAGUGCCAUUGAAAAGAUUUCCCAUGACACUCAAGAUGGUCACCAAGCAAAUGUUUAUAAGAAGGGAAGGAACCAGCUGGAUGGCAAUAAUCAGUCAAAAAGGAUCCCCAGUGUUUGCAGCUCACUGCACAGUGCACAAGGACCAAAGAGGAGUCCCCCAGAAAGGAGGCAAAAUGAAUCUUUCCUGCACAGGAGUCCUCCAGAAAGAAUGAAAAAUGAAUCCUUCCUGCACAGGAGUCCCCCAGAAAGAAAUCAAAGUGAAUCCUUCCUGCACAGGCUCCCCCCUGGCACAAAGGGCAGCACACAAGAAAACUUCUAUAGGGCUAAGGAUGUCCCAGUGCAGCAUUUUUAUUGCAGUAGAAAAGAACAGCUGGGGAAGAAUCAUGAAGAAUACAUUGCUGGAGCCAGCCCAGGCUCUUCGAAAUGGCAAGAAGCAUCUGUAGGUGAAAUGUUUCUUGAUUUUGAAUCGGUGCAAAUUAUUAAAGAAGAUGCUGAAGAUGAUAGUGCCAGUGACCUCUCUGACUCAGAAAGAAUUCCCAUUCCCCCCUCUCCCUGCACACCACCAGAACUCAUCCUCAGAGCUGAAGAAAUCGACCCGCUUUGUUUGGAACACAUCCCUGAAAUGGGAUUUAAAGAAUCCGAAUAUUACUACCCCGACUUCCUUCCCCCUCCUUUCAACUCGUGGGACCUGAAGCAGCUGGCCACCUUUGCCCACGUGGAAGGGAAAGCCGAAUUCCGGCCCAAGCCCUCGGGGGCCCUGGAGAAGUACCUGGAGCGCCUGCUGCAGCUGGAGUGGCUGCAGAUGCAGACGGUGCAGAACGAGAGGGGCCGGGCCACCAAAGGGCGGCCCCAGACUGCCCCCGGCCCCAGCCGUGCCCUCAAGAGCCCUGGAAAAGGCAAAGCCUUGCUCAGCCCUGUGCCCCCCAGGCAGGCAGUGCCCCAGGAAGGGGCUGCCAGGCUGCCCAGGAGCUGUCUGGGUCACAGGGCAGAGCCCUGCUCUGAGGAGACUCGCCCGGCGCGGUCCCUGAAGGUUCCUGAGAGAACUGGGGGUGCAGCACCUCCUCAGAGGAAAACUGGUGAUGGAAGGAGUGACCUGAGAAGGAAACCAGCUGCAAAGCAGCAGCUUCUCAAUCUGCAGCCCCCCGAGAGCAGCUCUAAAAUCCAAAGUGUUGGUAACAUCAGACCCCCUAAGCAAACCCCAGCAUUCCAUGGGGCAGCUGCUCCCAUCAAAGGCUUAAAAACACACAUGUGUACAAAUCCAAAGAAAAACGGCAAUGGCAGCAAUUAUGUUCCUCCUAGAAAACCAACAGUGGACAGGAAAAUAAAAACAAAUGGCACAAAGCAAACACCACGCAAAUUUCAGUGAAUGUUGAUGCUUCUUGACUGCUAGAAAGCAUCUGGCCAGUGCAGAAGAAUCUUUUUUUUCCUUCAUAGGAAGAUC